CUGAUCGACUGUUACAUCUACAAAUCAGUCCGACUAUAUGUUAGACAUCAGACCGCUAGCAAGCAAUUGUUACAGAGACUCUGAUGAACACAUUCUGUGAGAAAAUGUCAGAAGACAAUUUACCUGAACAGCUAAAGCAGUUUAUCAGUUCUCAUGGAGGAGGACUUGUUGUAAACUGUGAAAGCGUGUACAGUAUGAUGUACAGUAUGCACAGCAGGCUGGAGCGCCUUGAAGCCGAGAGAGAGGCAGCGGAUGGAAGGAAAGCGGACGUUGGCCACGAUGUCGCUGAGUCGCAGCCGGAUGAGAAAAGCUCGAGUGUUGAUGAGCAGAAGGCGGCGUUGGAGAAACUGUUCAGCGGUACAGAGCUGCUGAGCCUCUCCACCUCGGACAGGAGCGGACAAGUGGAGGACAGCGAGGAAGGAGUGUCCAAGUUUCUCAUUCAAGACUUGGUAAACAAGAAUCAGGAGCUCAAGGAGGAGAUAUACAGCCUGAAGAAAGAAGUGGAGACGCUUAAAAAUCAGCUUAGUCAGAUCUUGCUAAGUCAGGAAGAUCGUCUGGUCUCUGUAUCUGAUGGAGCCCUGCACCAGCUAGCUGGCCAGGCCCAGUCCCAGGUCAGCAGGGAGGUUGAGCAUGUCCCAGAGACACUGGAAGCGCUGACGGAUGUAGGGGAACUACAAGAGAAGCACGAGAGCCUGGAGGCUCGUGUGGAACGCCUGGAAGGAGAACGAGACGAUAUACUCCAUCAGUUGAAACAACUGAAAACUCAGUUGGUGGAUGCUGUAACGGUAGAUAGAAAGAAGGUAUAUGAGGUGGAGCCUUUGGACAUGGGCCCAGUGAACAUGUCAGAAAGUUCAGGAUUAGGUGAGGAGCUUUCCAAGUCUGAGGCGACACUCAGCCAGACCAGAGACAGUUUCAGUGGGCUAGAGCAGCAGCUUCGUCUGCAAACAGCUGACAUCAGGAGUGCAGUGCAGAAGCUGUUGGAGGAGGUGCAAAAUAUGAAGCAAGAACUGCUGACCAUCAGAUUGGAACAGAAGAGAAGCCCAGAUAAUGAAAUGCAGGAUAAGCUGGACAGCCUCCAGUCCAAGCUAGAUACUGUGAUGGCAUCCUCAUCCUCUAUGCUAUCAUGGAGCCUACAGCAGGAAGAUCAGGAUUCCCCAUUAGGUAAGGAAGGUGCUGCUGAACCUGCAUGGCUCUCAGCCAUGGCAGAUCUGAGCAUGAAGACGAGCAAGCUCUUUCAGCACUUUGAGAAUCUGCAGAGCAUCGUUACUGGUCUUAUGAAGCAGGAGACAAGUGACAGGACGUUCAUCACUGACACAACCUCAGAGUUGACAAGUGAUGUGCAUAUAUAUGGAUAUGAGAAGCUCCACAGUACAGCCAGCCCGCUGAGGGAACAUCGCAUGAAGGAACAAAGUCAUAUUGAGACCUCAGAGUUGACAAGUGAUGUGCAGGGGACUGUCUUGCAACUCCAGGCUGGACGUGAGAAGCUCCACAGUAUAGCCAGCCCGCUGAGGGAACAUCACAUGCAGGAACAAAGUCAUAUUGAGACCACAGAGUUGACAAGUAAUGUGCAAGGGACUGUCCUGCAACUCCAGGCUGGACGUGAGAAGCUGCACAGUACAGCCAGCCCGCUGAGGGAACAUCACAUGCAGGAACAAAGUCAUAUUGAGACCACAGAGUUGACAAGUGAUGUGCAGGGGACUGUCCUGCAACUCCAGGCUGGACGUGAGAAGCUCCACAGUACAGCCAGCCCGCUGAGGGAACAUCGCAUGCAGGAACAAAGUCAUAUUGAGACCACAGAGUUGACAAGUGAUGUGCAGGGGACUGUCCUGCAACUCCAGGCUGGACGUGAGAAGCUGCACAGUACAGCCAGCCCGCUGAGGGAACAUCGCAUGCAGGAACAAAGUCAUAUUGAGACCACAGAGUUGACAAGUGAUGUGCAGGGGACUGUCCUGCAACUCCAGGCUGGACGUGAGAAGCUCCAAAGUACAGCCAGCCCGUUGAGGGAACAUCACAUGCAGGAACAAAGUCAUAUUGAGACCACAGAGUUGACAAGUGAUGCGCAGGGGACUGUCCUGCAAUUCCAGGCUGGACGUGAGAAGCUGCACAGUACAGCCAGCCCGCUGAGGGAACAUCACAUGCAGGAACAAAGUCAUAUUGAGACCACAGAGUUGACAAGUGAUGUGCAGGGGACUGUCCUGCAACUCCAGGCUGGACGUGAGAAGCUCCAGAGUAUAGCCAGCCCGUUGAGGGAACAUCGCAUGCAGGAACAAAGUCAUAUUGAGACCACAGAGUUGACAAGUGAUGUGCCGAGGACUGUCCUGCCACUCCAGGCUGGACGUGAGAAGCUCCACAGUAUAGCCAGCCCGUUGAGGGAACAUCGCAUGCAGGAACAAAGUCAUAUUGCGACCACAGAGUUGACAAGUGAUGUGCAGGGGACUGUCCUGCCACUCCAGGCUGGACGUGAGAAGCUCCACAGUAUAGCCAGCCCACUGAGGGAACAUCGCAUUAAGGAACAAAGUCAUAUUGAGACCACAGAGUUGACAAGUGAUGUGCAGGGGACUGUCCUGCCACUCCAGGCUGGACGUGAGAAGCUCCACAGUACAGCCAGCCCGUUGAGGGAACAUCGCAUGCAGGAACAAAGUCAUAUUGAGACCACAGAGUUGACAAGUGAUGUGCAGGGGACUGUCCUGCAACUCCAGGCUGAGUUCGGGAAGCUCCGUAGUACAACCACCCAGCUGAUGAAGGAUCACAUGCAGGAACAAAGUCACAUUGAACACCUGUACAAGACUAUGAAGGAGCUGGAUGAGAAGGCAGACAAGAAGGCAGUGAAAAUUGUAAAAAGCAUUAAAGCAGACAUGCAGGCACUGGAUACCAAGGUCCUCCAGUGUGAUACAAAAAUAGUGAUGCUGAACAGGACGUUUCAGGAUCUACUGACUGGACAUGAGGAUCAUUGUCAUAAGGUUAUUGAGAAGCUCUUCAGGGAACUGGAUUUCAAGUUGAACUAUACUGAGCUUGAUCCUCUGAAGAAGCAGCUAGAGGAUUAUCAGAUGAGAAUUUACAAGGAGCUACAGGUGCAACGUGCCCCAGAAAGUGAUGAUGCUGCUGGUCUCAAGAAACAGCUGGCAAACUUCAACUGCCUCUCCUGUGAUCGCCCUGUCGACAUGAAUACUCCUGGACCACGCUUGCUGCUUUUGCCUGAGCUUCCAAGUUUACUCUCUCCAAAGGACCACAGGAGGCUGAGGACAUGCACUAACCUGGACCAGUGUGAGAGAUCACCUACAGAGUGGAGUAUGGAACAAACCAUGGUUGUCAGAGUGAGUGACAGUAGUGGUUCCGAUAGGCAUGUCUACAAGACUAGUGAAGUGAGAGUGCCCGCGAUCUCCCCCAAAGAAGAUGACUGCAAAAACAAGGAGAUGGUUAACCACAGUCAGUUGCUGCAGCAACCUGAGACCCCACUCAUCUGCCAUGGUUCAAACUGCUUGGAGACAGAAAAGCAAUGGUUCAUUGAGGAGUCCAUUCCACAGACCCUUCAGUGCCGUCAGCCAAGAAAACCUGAUGGCAAUAAUGACUAAAUAAAUACACAAGGUAACACUAUACAAUAAUGGUACAUUGGUAAAUGGCAGUUAUGUAUGAACUCAUGUAUUACACAAAUAAGCUAGUGUUCUGUUACACCCUCUUUACUGUCAGGGUGAUGAGAAUCACCUACAGUGGUGCUUGAAAGUUUGUGAAACUUUUAGAAUUUUCUAUAUUUCUGCAUAAAUAUGACCUAAAGCAUCAGAUUUUCACACAAGUUCUAAAAGUAGACAAAGAGAACCCAAUUAAACAAAUGACACAGUAAUUUUAUACUUAUAAAUGAUCCAAUAUUACAUAUAUGUGAGUGUCAAAAGUAUGUGAAUCUCUAGGAUUAGCAGUUAGUUUGAAGGUGAAAUUAUAGUUAGGUGUCAUGUUUUCAAUCAAUGGGAUGACAAUCAGAUGUGAUUGAGCACCCUGUUUUAUUUAAAGAACAGGGAUCUAUCAAAGUCUGAUCUUCACAACACAUGUUUGUGGAAGUGUAUCAUGGCACGAAUAAAGGAAAUUUCUGAGGACCUCAGAAAAAGAGCUGUUGAUGCUCAUCAGGCAUGAAAAGGUUACAAAACCAUCUAUAAAGUGUCUGAACAUAGUCAUAAGCUGUUAUCUAUGUAGCUCCAUAAGGUGUACAUGUUAUGACACAGACUUGGAGCAGGAUGCAAGUGCAGAUAAAGUGUCAAUUUAUUAUGAACGCAAAGAAAUCCAAAACAAAAGUCAAUAAUCAGCGUGAAUAAACAGUCCAGAUUCGAGCGAUCGAGAAUCAGAGGCAAAGACAAUAGUCAGAAACAUGGGAUGCUCAGUCGAGCAGGGAGGCUGAGCGAUGUUCUCCGUUGAAUCGGCAGGCUGAGUGACAUCUGCAGUA